AUGAAAGUCGACCUGCCAGAUGACUGGCGAAUCCACCCGACGUUCUACGUCGGCAAAGUCAAGCGCCACUUACCCCGGUUUAUCGACGGCGAGGAUGUGCCGUCGGAUGUGGAGCAGUGUCCAGAUACUCCACGCGCAUCUCCAGCUCCACGACACGACAAGUCACGUCACAAAGACGCUGAGACUCCUCACGAACGCUCUUCAGCGUAUCCCGCAUAUCCUCCUGCACCAGUUGCAGGGCAACAGACUUUGUUGCGCCAGCAACCACCUCCGCCCGCACAUGCCACUCCUCCAAGUGUUGUGGCUUCGGGUUCCGUUUCAGCGCCGAGCGAUGCAGGACCUCUGCCUUCGACCCCAAUGGGUCACCUGCAUCUUGCGCUCGACAGCUGCCAAUCGUUCAAGCAGGGCAUCGUGCUCCAGUCGUGUCACGCGAUACCCCUUCAUCUUCCGCUCAACCGCAGCCAAGCGAGCGGCCACAGCAUCAUGCAGCGGCGAGCGCGUCUCAAGAGCUACCAAACGCCUCAACACGUCGCGGGUGACACCAGCGUUCGCAUCUGCCACACCACGAGUUAG